UAGCAACCCCAAAUGUUGGCCUUCUUUUUUUUGUUGUUUGCUCCAAAAACUUAAUUUUGUUCAUAUGAAUUAUGAGCUCCCCACAUUUUCAAAGCCUUUUUUUUUUGUCUCUUUUAAAAUAUUUUCUCUAUAAAGUCUCUAAAAAGUUUCCCAAAAAAGGAAACGAAGAAGUUUGUCAAAGCAAAAAAAAGCUAUCAAAUUGUAUGUGUAUAAAUUGAGAGAAACACCCACUUUGUUCUUCUCUCUCAGACACAUCCAGCUCCAGCAUCACAACAAGCUUGAUUAUUAGUAUUACUAAAAGCUUCCUCCUUUUUCUGAAAAUUCGCCCACAAAAAACGAGAGGCUCUUUGUUCAAGAACACUCUGUACAAAAUCUCAAAUCAGUUCAUUGACUCGACAAAUCAAUCAAAUCUCCCUCGUUUCUCCAAAAACCCAUUUUCUUCUCUCACUUUAUUUAGCCGUAAAGUUGUCACCUUUUCAACUAAAAGCUCUCUGUUUCACUCUUCUCUUCUCUCUCUCUCUCAAACACAAUGAAAGAGUAUUGGACCUCUCUAGCUUCCCUUCUCGGCGUCCUAGCCUUCUGCCAAAGCCUCAUGAACUCCGUAUUCCCACCGGAGCUCCGUUACGCCUCCCUCAAACUCAUAAACCGAUUCUUCCAACUCUUCUCCUCCUUCUGCUACUUCGACAUAACGGAGAUCGACGGCGUCAACACCAACGAGCUCUACAAUGCCGUCCAGCUCUACCUCAGCUCCUCCUCCUCCUCCGUCUCCUCCUCCACCCGCCUCAGCCUCACGCGCGCCCUCAACUCCUCCUCCAUCACCUUCGGCCUCUCCACCAACGACUCCAUCGUCGACACCUUCAACUCCGCCACCGUCCUCUGGGAGCACAUCGUCACCCAGAGACAGUCCCAGACCUUCGCGUGGCGCCCAAUGCCCGAGGAGAAGCGCGGCUUCACGCUCCGCAUCAAGAAGAGAGACAAGAGCUUGAUCCUCGACUCGUACCUGGAUCACAUCGUCGAGAAGGCCGAGGAGAUUCGCCGGAGGAAUCAAGAUCGGCUUCUUUACACGAACUCGCGCGGCGGCGGCGGCGGCGGGGGGCUGGAUUCGAGAGGUCUCCCUUGGGAGUCUGUUCCCUUUAAGCACCCGAGCACGUUCGAGACUCUCGCUAUGGAUCCGGUUAAGAAGAGAGAGAUCAUGGAGGAUCUCAAGGACUUUACCGAGUGUCGGUCUUUUUAUCAGAGAACCGGUCGGGCUUGGAAGAGAGGUUAUUUGCUACACGGUCCACCAGGAACAGGUAAAUCAAGCAUGAUCGCAGCCAUGGCUAACUACCUCGGUUACGAUAUUUACGAUCUCGAGCUCACGGAGGUGAAAAGCAACUCGGAGCUGAGGAAGCUGUUGAUGAAGACUAGCUCCAAGUCGAUAAUUGUGAUCGAGGAUAUCGAUUGCUCGAUUAAUUUAACGAACCGGGGAAAGAAGUUUAAUGAACCGGAGAUGGCGUUAACCGGGUCCGGUUUAGGAGAUGAGUCCGUGAACGGGGAUACGAUAACGUUGUCGGGGUUGUUGAACUUCACUGACGGGCUUUGGUCUUGUUGUGGAAGCGAGAGGAUAUUCGUGUUCACGACGAAUCAUAUCGAGAAGCUUGACCCCGCGUUGCUUAGAAGCGGGAGGAUGGAUAUGCACGUGUACAUGAGUUACUGUACGUUUCCUUCGUUGAAGAUCUUGCUGAGGAAUUACUUGGGGUACGAGGAGGGGGAUCUAAGCGACGUCGUUUUGAGGGAGCUUGAGGGGGUUGUGGAGAAGGCGGAGAUCACGCCGGCUGAUGUGAGCGAGGUUUUGAUUAAGAAUCGGAGGGAUAAAGAGAGAGCUGUGAGGGAGCUUUUGGAGGAUUUGAAAAGAAGGGCGGAGAGGAAUGAGAAGAAGGGGAAAUUGAGGGGUCAGAAUGGGAGCGUGACGGUGGCUGAUGAUGACGUGGAAGAGCAGGAGAAGAGGGCUUUGGAUAGUCCUUAUGGAGAAGAGGAGGAGGAGAUUGAGGACAGCAUUUGCAAGAUCAGUGAAGAGUAAAAUGUUUUAAUGUUUCAUUGUUCUUAGAUUUUUCUAACAUUCUAUGUUUGUUUUACACAAUGUGAAAGUUGUGUUCUUUCUCCUUUUUGGGUAGUCAACUUUUGGAAGUGAGCUAAAGUGAAAGGAGAAAAAAAGCUAGAGAGUUGGUUUAAAAGAGCCAAUGGUGGUGUUGAAGAUUUUGUAUGUGGGGAUUAGAAAAUGCAAAGAGCAUCAUUGGAUAAACCAUUGGCGUAUGAUAUGUAUUGUUAUAAACUUAUCAUUGGUGUUUUGUUAAGUGGUAUGUACUAGUAGUUAUCAUAUUAUUAGGUAUGGGAGUUUGUACCUAAUCUAUUUAUUUUAGUUGAUUAAGAAUCCCAAGAUUAAUUAAUCUAUA